AUGAUUCCUGUAUCCGUGGCGGUAUGGAUUUUGGCCGUAUCAUGCACUGGGAUUCCAAGUGUAGUGGCCCAAGAUGCAGAGGGCUGGUAUAAGUCUCAUCCGAACAUGGCUCGUAUCAAGCAUGUCAACCAGGAGACUCAUCAGAUCGUUGACGAGUAUGGCCGCACUAGGUUCUUCCAUGGAACAAACGUCGUCAUGAAAGAGGCACCAUGGUAUCGACCUUUUGAGUGGACUCCAGGAGUCUCGUCAUUUGGCGAACAGGAUGUUCAAAACUUGCACGACUUGGGGCUGAAUAUUGUUCGGCUGGGGCACAGCUGGGCUGGUGCUGAACCAGUUCGCGGCGAGUACAAUCAGACCUUCUUGGACAUCAUGAAGAAGCAGGCAAAGUUGGCAGAAGAAAAUGGCAUCUAUGUGCUAGUGGACGUGCACCAAGACGUACUGGCUAAACAACUGUGCGGUCAUGGUGUACCUGAUUGGUUUGUCAAGAAGGACUGGGUAACAGGAUUCAGGAGGUUCCCGUUUCCGCAGAAACUAAAGCCAUUUACCACUGACACCGACGGCUUUCCUUCGCCUCAAUCCCAAUGUAAUACCAUAGAUUGGUCACUAAGCUACUUAUCUGUAGCUGUUGGAAAUGCCUUUGGAAGACUUUACAAUAACUUCGACGGUCUUGGAGACGCAUUCGCCGCGUACUGGAAGAAACUGGCCUCGGAGUAUGUUGACACUACUAAUAUCGUGGGGUACAAUCUACUCAACGAACCUUGGGCUGGCGACACCUAUGCAGACCCGACGCUCCUGGUACCAGGAGUCGCCGACCACAAAGCCCUGGAGGGUCUUUGGAACCGAGCAUCGAAACAAAUACGCACCGCUGACAACGAUACGCUCAUCUGGUUCGAGGGUACUACCUUCGAUGUUCUCUCAGGCUUCAACAACGUACCUCUUGGGGACGGAUCAAAGACCGUGCACUCAUUCCACUACUACAAUCCUCCGCAGCUGGGACCUAUCAAAGAUACACUGUAUAACCGUCAAAAAGACAACGUUCGACUCAAGACUGCCGGUGUCCUUACAGAGUUGACGUUCUGGAUGGGCGAUGAUAAGCAGAUGAGUGGGCUAGCGGAGGCCAUGACAGCGACUGACGCAAACAUGGUGUCUUGGAUCGGAUGGGCAUACGAGAAUCUGUAUAAUGGGACAUCUGGUAAACCAUAUCCGGAGCUACAGAAGCACUACAGUCGCGCGUAUCCAGCUGCGAUCGCGGGGACGCCGACAUCGUUUGGCUUUGAUGCCAGUUCUGGUAUUUUGAAGCUAAACUUCACGAGCGAUCCUAAUAUCAAUGCGCCUACCGAGAUCAUCUUGCCCAUUUCCACGUUUCCAAGUGGGUACGAGGUUCACAUUAUCCCUAGUGGCAGCUUGACGCAGUACAAGCCGAAUGACCGCACCUUGGCCUUGUUCACAUCGAAUGCUCUCAAGAAGUCUACAGAUAUAUCCGUUAAAGUUACCAGAAAGUCGCCUUACUUGACAGCACGAUGA